GUAAUGAUCAGCUUGUAUUCAGAUUUUUACUUAAAUAUGUGUGGCCAGACCGUGAUACGGUAGAGGAAAAUGACCCUUGAUUGUUUAUCAUGAUGCAAAGAUCACAGCUCAGCUUCAGAAUUCAUGAAAUCGCGAACUUUCCGUCUCUUCUCCGUCAUUAAAGCAGGCUGUGACCUCUCUGAUACUUGUUGCUCCUGCAUGUUACAUUUCUCGUUCUGAGUCCAAAACCGUGUUGCAACUGUGGUACAUGAACCCACAAGGCAUUUUUCACCAUCCUUAAACUUUAGAAAUUGAUCCCAGCACCUUGGCCACACUUUUGAUUUCACUCAAGAAGCCUGUAACUUUUGCUCGUACAGUUUGGCCGUCACAGUACUUCUUUAUGUAAUGGCAGUCAAAUUAUAUUUAAUGUCUCUUCUGUAGGUCUGCAGGGUUCGCCAUUUUGACUAGAACUCCUUCCACACUGGUCUUAUGACAUGUCAGGACUGUGCUGCCUUUUCUCCCCCGGGCAAAUUUUCUUUUUUUUUUUCAUCCAUGUUUAAAUAGGAUUUGCAAUAAAGAAGCUCUCCACUGAUGAGUUAACCUCUGCUGACAUGCUUCUUGCCUUUGUGGCUGUCUGCUUCUAAUAAUGACUCACUUUCUAAUCCACUGUUUCUGUAGACGACAGUUUAAAAAAAACAAAAAAAAAAGAUUGUUACUCAAGGGUUAAAUUUGUUUUUCCAUGUGUAGUCUGCUGUCUACAAGGUCUUUCCCUUACAUGAACAAUUAAGUCAUGUAAUUCAUGUUCCACUGAGACGAACUGCUGGGGAUGAAAGGAAUGUCUUGCUCCUUUGACUGUAAAGAAAUGAGCUGUGCCUGUGCAAAUCCUGACGCUGGGCUGGGUUUGCAAGUUUUCCAUCGUGAACACUAACUUUUUCCAGGCAAGCACUGACAAUGCUUGGCAGACUCCUGGUGGGCUGAAGCUUACUCCACAGUCCACAUCUUUACUCGGGCAUUGUGGCAGACUUUUAUCACCAGAUGCGAGAACAUUGAGACGCUUUUUGGACCCAUCGGGAUUCAUCUCUUUUUCUCCAUUCGGAUUAAUCUCUGUUUUUCUCCGUUUCUGUCCGCAUUUCAGGGGCUAAAAGUUAUCAGUGUGGCAGCUGAUUUCAAAGGGGAAGAUCCAGACUUCAAACGAGACAUCUGCCCUAUCAUCUGCCCUAUCAUUCCCCUCGGCGUGUGCAGAGGACGCUUCAAGGACAAGUGAACAGCGUUCACAUAAAUACAGGAAACACCUGAAGGCUUUCCAAGGUUUGGCCACAGGAAGCAAGGCUCCAAACAAACAGACACACUCUGACAGCAUUUUUUUUUUCUGAGAGGCUCCCUAUCAUCUUAUUAGUCAAUCAACAUGUCACGCUGGGGGCGAAAAAAUGUGAAGAAGGCGCCUGAGGUGAUCCGCACUGUGACAGAAGGGCUCAAGUCCUUGUAUCGUAAGAAGCUCCUGCCUCUGGAGCAGUACUAUGGUUUCCAUGAUUUCCACUCUGCCAGUCUAGAGGAUGCAGACUUUGAUAACAAGCCUAUGGUGUUGGUGGUGGGACAAUACUCCACCGGAAAGACAACAUUUAUCAAGUAUCUACUGGAGCAGGAUAUUCCUGGAAGCAGGGUGGGACCUGAACCUACCACUGACUGUUUCACUGCCAUCAUGCACGGGGAGGUGGAAGGAGUCAUCCCCGGGAACGCCCUUAUUGUAGACCCCAACAAGCCUUUCCGUAAACUCAACCCUUUUGGAAACACCUUCCUUAACAGGUUUCAGUGCGCCCAGAUGCCCAACCAGGUCUUGGAGAGUAUCAGCAUUAUUGACACGCCGGGGAUCCUGUCCGGUGCUAAGCAGAGAGUGAGCCGAGGUGAGAGAGGCAGCAGCAAAGGCUAUGACUUCCCAGCUGUGCUGCGCUGGUUUGCGGAGCGCGUGGACCGCAUCAUCCUGCUGUUCGAUGCUCACAAACUGGAGAUAUCCGACGAGUUCUCGGAGGCCAUCGGCGCCCUGAAAGGAAACGAAGACAAGCUCCGUGUGGUGCUCAACAAGGCAGACAUGGUGGGCACCCAGCAGCUGAUGCGAGUGUACGGCGCUCUCAUGUGGUCCCUGGGGAAAGUGUUCGGCACCCCGGAGGUUCUGCGAGUCUACAUCGGCUCUUUCUGGUCAGAGCCGCUGAUGGUUACGGACAACCGUAAGCUGUUUGAGCUGGAGGAGGAGGAUCUGUUUGCCGACAUCCAAAACCUUCCUCGCAAUGCGGCUUUACGCAAGCUCAACGACCUGGUCAAGAGGGCUCGCCUGGUUAGGGUCCACGCCCACAUCAUCAGCUAUCUGAAGCAGGAGAUGCCUUCCGUCUUCAGGAAGGACAACAAGAAGAAGAAUCUGAUCUACCAGCUGCCAGUUAUUUUCUCUAAAAUCCAGCUGCAGCACAACAUUUCUGCUGGAGACUUCCCAGACUGUGCUAAGAUGCAGGAGCAACUGAUGGUUCAUGAUUUCACCAAGUUCAAAACCUUGAAGCCUAAUCUGAUGGCGGCCUUGGAUGAGCUGCUCGCCUCUGACAUCGCCAAACUGAUGCCCCUCCUGAGGCAGGAGGAGCUGGAAGCGGGCGAACAACCAGGUGUGCAGGGUGGAGCCUUCCUUGGGACCCGUGCCGGACCGUUCACCGAGGGUGACCCCUUUGCCGAGGAGAACGGAGAGGAAUUUGAAGAUGAGGAGGAUUGGGUGGUGACCAAAGACAAGCCCAAAUAUGAUGAAAUCUUCUAUAACCUCGCUCCCAAUGAGGGGAAACUGAGCGGCCCCAAGGCUAAGGACUGGAUGGUGAGCUCCCGCCUGCCCAACUCGGUGCUGGGUCGCAUCUGGAAGCUGUCGGAUCUGGACCACGAUGGUAUGCUGGAUGACGAAGAGUUCGCCCUGGCCAGCCACCUGAUCGAGGUCAAGCUGGAGGGCCACGGUCUACCCCCUGAGCUUCCUACACGUCUGAUCCCGCCCUCCAAACGCAGGCAGAAGGGUUCUGAUGCAUAGACAUGUCACAAAGUCGCUGGAGAGACUCUUCUCUUUUGGCUGUCGCGCCUAUGCUACUGUUUUUAUUUGCUCUUGUGUUUUCCCCCGCCCCAGACCCAAGUCAAAAUGUCGUCUGUAGCCUAACGCGUUCAGCUUUUCCUCCGAGACUGAUUUCGUCCGUGCACAAUAGAACAUACUGUAUUAGAAAUGUAAGUCAAUCCUCUGAGACUAGAGAGCUUACUGCAAAUGAUUACGUAUUAAGGAGUCACACGGGUCUGGUUGCUUCGCAUCUUGGACUCUUCAAAUUUAGCUUUUUUUAUGACGAGCUUCAAAAAUAUAUCUUCUUGUGUUUGCUGAGCAGAAGCAAACAGAGUCUGAACAGUAUUCAGCAUUUAUUUGAGCGUCCCAGUAUUACACAGGAGAUCGUUUGUAGGGUUAUGCUAUUUGAGGUGUGGGCUUUCCAGUGAGUGUGUGGUCUACAGAUUCUUAUACAAAGAUGUAUAUUGCUCAAAUGAGUUUUUUAAAAACAACAUUUUAAAAUCAAACUGGCAGCGCAAAUCUAAUAACCUGAAUGCAUUUCACUCUGUUGCUUUACAUGACAACUUUGUGCAUACACUUUAUAUAUUAUUUUUGUAACUGUUGCUGUUGUUUUGUAUGUGCAGGAGUUUUAAACAAGAACAUGCUGAGGUGAACUUUUCAACUAGACUGAAUGAUGUAUUACUGACUACUGUACACAGCUCCACCAACUGUUCUUAUAACCAAAUAAAAUUCCCUGACUGUG